GUUCAAGUGAACCUUCAGGCGAGCGUACCGCAGCCGAACUACGACAGCAACGGGACGGCAUCUCCCGUCGAGGACGACAUCGACGCCGCUCUUACGGAUCUUCAGGUUACCCUAGAGGGCAGCAACAUCAGCAACGGACCUAGUGACAUCACGCAGGUCCCCGAGCUCUGCGACUACCUCCGUUUCUUCAAGCCUAAGCGGUUCACCCUGAAGGCCUUCAAGCGUUAUUGGUUCACUUGCCGGGACCUCCAGCUGAGGUUGUUCAAAUCUCGCGAGGAGUCAAACGGCUCCGAAAAUCCGGCCUACGUGAUCAAUCUCCGGGGUUGCGAAGUUACUCCGGAUGUGCAUCUAUCGCAAAGCCGUUAUGGUAUCAGGCUGGAAGUGCCCAGUGCAGAGGGCAUGACGGAGAUCUGGAUUAGAUGCGAGACGGAACAACAGUAUGCAAAGUGGAUGGCUGCCUGCAGGCUGGCAGCGAAAGGUCGCACUUUGGCCGAUGCCUCUUACGAAAGCGAAGUGAACAGCAUCAUGGCGUUCCUGCAGCUGCAGAGGCCUGCACCUGCACCUGCAAUCAAUCCAAACGCACUUGACAUCACGCCGGAAGACUAUGUCGCGCCUAGGUUUGCGAAGAAGUUUAAGGGAAAGCUGGUUCAGAGGAUCCUGGAGGCUCACGCCAACGUGAAGGAUCUUACCCUAGUCGACGCCAAAUUGAACUACAUCAAGGCGUGGCAGUCGCUUCCGGAAUACGGCAUAUCGCUCUUCGUGGUCAGAUUCUCGAACAAGAGUAAAGACGAGCUUCUAGGCAUUGCCAACAAUCGACUUAUGCGCAUGGACCCUCACAGUGGAGACCACCUGAAGACCUGGAGAUUUAACACGAUGAAGGCGUGGAACGUGAACUGGGAGGUGAAACACAUGAUGGUCCAGUUCGAGGAGGAGAGCAUCAUCUUCGAAUGCCAAUCGGCCGACUGCAAGGUUGUCCACGAAUUUAUUGGCGGAUACAUCUUCCUGUCCAUGCGAUCCAAGGAGGCAAAUCAGACCCUUAACGAGGAGAUGUUCCAUAAACUGACCGGCGGCUGGGCCUAGAGAUCUUAAAAGAUGUCAAAAUACCACUUGCGCAAAUAACGCUUCCUCUGCGCGACUUCCGCGCAUCAUUUCACUCGCAUUUUGUCGAGUCGCCGCCGACAACCGAGCAAUUGGUACUUCUAAUAUCUUAACACUAGAAUUGUACAUAGUUAAUGAUACGCGUAAAGCGCACAUCGCAUGGGCGCGUAUCUAAUUAGCACGCACGACGCGCGAAAGUUUUAUUUUAUCCCUAAGUCGUGACAAAAACAAAAUCAGAUGGUUUAGUUCUUAAGGUGAUGUGAAAGUGACGUCAGAGGUCUCGUUUGUCAAACUCUCCUCUGAUCAGGGUGUACCGAGUCUUUUCAUACAUUACAACGCGAAUAUGGAGACUAUAAGAAAAGUUCCAACAGCCAUGAAAUUUCAAUUUUUAGAAAAUUACUUAUAUAUAUUUUUAAAAUUUCGUAUAAGAAAUGAGAUUUUACGGGUGUUACGACCUUCCUCAUAGCCUCCAUAUUAACACUGUAAAGUUUGAAGCAAUUCGUAAAGCUCAGUUUGGGGAAAAGUGUCAUGAACGAUUGACCCCUGUAAUGGCACUUCGACAUCCCCUUAAACCGACUGAUACUUUGUGUAAUACCGAUCAACGCGUAGAGUGCCUCAGCACUUUACACUUGUCACUGUAUUUAUUACUGAUUGCGGUUUAGCAAUUUUAAUCCUUUAGAUAUUUUACGUUAAUGCACCUGUUAAUUUGUAUAAGUUUUCUUAAUUAAUUGGUAGUAAGGGGGAGGAAAGGAGGCGAGAUGAAAUUGCAGACUAAUGAAUCUUAGGCAAGGGGCAUUCUACGUGCUGAUUGCAUGAUUAAUGGAGUUUCGAGAGACUUGUAGAUUUUCCUUGACCGUUGGAAAUGUCGCGGCUGCGUUGCAUGCAAAUCACGCAAGCCGAAGAUUUCUCAGGUACAGAGGAUUAACAUUUCUCUUCAUUACCGGAGACUCUGCAAGUGCCUAUGCGCAUUGACUAACCAAAGUCUUCUUCCAUAUCCGUUCGUCGACCGCUUAUCAAAAGCGAGUCUUGAAAAUGUCAAAGGCACAAGGCGCAUCCCGAAAAUUACUGUCAGCGCUAUUAAUAUCUUUGCGUUAUGAACAGUGAAAAAAUAACGACUUAUCACUAUCUAAAGUUAAUCGGUUGCUUUCGUAGCCAUAUGCCGAUAAAGAAGCACACUCUGGAGAUGUUAUCGUUAACAUUGUCAUUGUCGGCAGUUCCUUCAAUUGCGAUGCGGUAAAGAGAUAAAACAUUAACAACAAUACCGACGCUCGACUUCGAAGCAUUGCCCACACUUUUAUCCGCACUAUUUUGAUAUACACAUUGUAAAAGUAAUAGCGAAAUAUCAAAUCCGAAAUUACUUAAGGGGAAGUGAAAGGGUCAUUCUAUAUAUAUAAAGCAUAAAAAUAUUAAUAACACUUUUCUCCAAACAGGGUGCAUGAAAUCAUUUAAAACAUUAGCGCAUGAUCGUGGAGGCCCUAAGAAACAACGCGACGCUCGUGAAAUUUCAAUUAAACAAAUUCUUUUUUAUUUAUCCCAGACAAGAACCGAGGACACGUAUUUGUUUUUUGAAAAAUGAAAUUUCACGAGCAUCGGGUUUUUUUAUUAGGGCCUUCCUAAUCACGUGCUGCAGUUCCAAAUGAUUCGGUGGAUCGAAUUUGAAGAAAAGUUUAAUAAAUGUUAUUAUAUAAUAUAGAAUGACCGAUUUAUAUCACUUUAAACAGGAAUCAUCGAAAAGAGUGGAAAAUAUUAGUAAUGGACCGUAGCACUGUAUUGUGAAUUUUUCACUCGGGGGCAAAUAUUGCCAUUAAUAUUGAAGAUUCCCUUUUAACACAGCGUUACGACACUCGAUAAGCCCCUUAUCACUUUACGGUGAUAAAAAUCUGAAACACGCACAUCUUCACAUAUGCGGCUACAACAAGGAGACCGUGCCUUUUACCCAGGAAGUGCGUCCUAAUCGUAAAUAAACAUCGACGGUUUAUAUCAGGAUGUAUAAACGAAGUAAUAUUUUAACAGUUACGACCUGACCUUUCCCAAUUACCGCCGGCUUGUUACGAUCCAUCGGAGCGAGCUGAUCUUACUUAGACAUUAAUCAAUUGUUUCGAGGGGAGGAGGGCGCGGGUCGAUUCCGUCCAGUUAAAAAACCGAAGAGAAAUUAUUUUCAUCGCGCAGGGUGCUAAAAACUGGGCCAAAGCGACUCGCCACAUCCCCAAGUGAGGACGACGCGAAAUCCUGUAAAUUAUUUGUUAUUCUACUGUAAACUAUAAUAUAUGAUAAAUAUAUUUACUUGUACCGUUACCCAUUACCUACGCAAUAUUACGUUAUACACUAUAUAUAACCAAAAAUUAUAUAGUUUUGUAUAUUAAUAGACGAUAGAUGUGUAUAAUAAACUUAAUUAUUAUUAAUGUAA